AUGGGGCGGCUGAUGAACGCCGAAGACAAGGUAGCGUCGAAGGUUGAAGCGAUUGUAAAAAUUGCCGCAGAAGUCGCCGCAGAAGUCGCCGCAGAAGUCGCCGCUGAAGUCGCCGCUGAAGUCGCCGCUGAGGUUGGGUCGUCGCUCACCACACUCGAACAAAAUACUAGGGAAACCUUCUGGUGGACGUCUUGGGCAAUCGUCGUGGUGCUGGGCCUCUUCAUCCUGCAACUACUAGUUAGAGACGCUUUCCAUCGGAUGUGGCUCGAAGACAGAGCGAACGACGAGAAAACCCGAAAUGAGAGGCGCUCAGCAAUAGAAGAUUACCUGAGCGUUCUCGCUGAUCAAGCGGACGAUAUUCCGGAGGAGGGGACGGAUGAUUAUCACGAAUUUGUGGAGGAUCUACGAGAAGAGAUGCUGCGUCUGAGGCAGCAAACUUAG